AUGGCUCAACCAAUUAUAUAUCCUGAAAAUACUUCUCAAAUUUCUUGCGUAGAUGCAAGUUCUACUUUAAUCAAUGAAAUUAAAACUAUAACAACAAAUCUUAAAAGUAAAAAAAUCUUUGACCCCGUUCUUUAUUCUUCAUAUGAAACUGUUCGAGCAUUACAUUACAUUAAACAUGAAGUUCAAUCUUAUUUUCGUCAAUACGAAGAUAUUUUUAAAAAAUAUAAAACUUCAUUAGAAAAUAUAAAAGAAUUUGCAAAAGAAAUAGCGAACAUUGAAAAGAAGAAUCAUUUCUUUUAUCCUUAUAGGCAUGUAAAAGAAAAAUAUGAACGAUUGAUUAAAGAACAUGAAAAUUGUGAAAAAAAAUUAAAUCCUAUCCUGAUUAAAUUUAUAAUGAAUAAACAAGAAUAUAUAGUUGAAAAAUUACUUCAAAGUUCUUUUAUAGAUAUCAUCAGUGUUCCACGUAUCGAUUCUUCAUUAUUACUUGAUCCUCCUUUUAAAGACGAUGUAGAUCGAGCUUGUGAACUAUACAGAGGUCCAUCAUCUUAUUUAGAUGAUGAUACUCCAAUGAAAUAUGUCGUAAGAAAAAUUUUUAAACGUGGUAUAGAAGUUGCUUGUGAACCUCUUGAAAUUUUCGAAAAGAAUAUGUCAAUUUUGACCGAAUUAAAAAGAUUUGAUGAUAGUCGAAAUAUCCUUAAAUUUUAUGGAAUUUCAACUAUGACUUACUAUAUGGAACCAAAGAUCACAAAUUUUUAUCUUGCCAAACAUGCUUCGGAUAUAAGUCCUGAUAAUGAUGAUCAUAUCUCGGAAUAUAUUUCACAAAUAAUUAAUUGGGCGGCUCCUGAAAUGAUGCAAGAUAAUCCUUUAUAUACACGGGAGUCUGAACUAGGUUUCCAAAGAAUCCCUUAUAAAGACAUGGAAGAAAAAGAUAUUAGAGUUCAUGUUGUUCAGAAUCGUAGAGAAUCUCCUGACCCUCCUUUUUAUUCCUUGGAUUUCCUUAAUAUUCAAAGAAAAUAUUUGAGAAUCAUUGCAGAAGGAUGGAAUGGUAAACCAGAAAAAAGAAUCAAAAUGGAUGAUAUUCUAUUAAGAUUUUUAGAUAUUGAAACCGAACUUACUAAACCCAAGAGAAAUAAUUCAACUUGUUCUGCUCAUUCAGCUGAUCAACUUGAUCAACUUUCAAGUCCACGUAAUCAUACUUAUAUGACUCAAUCUCCUACAAGUUUAUCUUUUCCUGAAAAUGAUGAACAACAAUUUAUUCCUACUCAAACUCCAAGAUCUUCUUCAAUUAAUUCAAAUUGGUCGGUUAAUUCUACUACAUCUGAUGAUAUAUAUGAAACAGCUGCUAGUACUUUAAAUAAUCAAGCUUCUAUUUAUAUGAAUGAACCUUCAAUUGAUACUUCAAAUUUUAAAUCUUUUGUUUCUCCGAAUUCAAUUACAAAAAGAGAAACUUAUAGAAUACCUGAAGAAUCUGAUGAAACUAUUAAUGAAGUCGAUGAUUUGAUUAAUAAAGUAAAUGAAUCUAAUCAAUUUAAAUCAUCAAAUAUAAUUGAUUCUUCAAUUAUAAAGGUUAUUCCUCAUUUACCUGAUGAUGAUAACACAAAAUCAUUAAUUAAUGAUGAUAAUACGAAUUCAUUAAUAAUUAAAGAUGAUAAUACGAAUCUAACACCACCAUUAAUUAAAGAUGAUAUGAAUUCAUUAAUAAUUAAAGGUGAUAAUACGAAUCUAACACCACCACCAUUAAUUAAAGAUCAUAAUACCAAUCCACCAUCACCAUUAAUUAAAGAUGAUAACACGAAACCAUUUGUUAAACCAUCGAUUAAACCAUCUCUUGAACCAUUGGAUGAACCAUUGGGUGAAGAUGAUGAUAUGAAAUCAUUAUGUGAAGAUGAUGAUAUGAAACCAUUAGAACCAUCCGAAUCAUUAGACGAUAAUUUUCCAUCAGAUAAUGAAAUGCCAUCAGAUAAAUCUGAUAAAUCUGAUAGUUUUGGAAAUAAAGAUUUUGAAGAUAUACGAUCAGAAGAGGAUUUACAAUCAGAUAAUGAUGAACCAUCAGAUAAUGAAAGUGGUAAUCCAUCAGAAAAACCAAAUAGUCCAAUUAUUAAAAUACCAGAAACGAUAAGCAAAAAUUUGGCUUUUGCUUUAACCAUCAAAUCACAAAAAUUACAAUUUUUAGAUAUUCUUCCUUGUGCUUUACCAAAACCAAGAAUAAAAGCUAUAGAUACAAAAUUUCAAACAAAAUUAUCACUUUCAUCAAAAUCUAAAGAUUCAUUUUUAUUAGAAAAUUCUAUUGGUUCACUCGCUAUUGAUUUAGAUAAUCUUAAUUGGGCAUCUAAAAUAGAUAUCGAUUCUUUAAUCAACAAAUCACAAGUUAAUGACAUUUAUUUAGAAAUUAAAUGUUUAAAAGCUGAACUUAUUUUUGAAAAAGGUUCAAUGAAACCUAGUGAAAUAUUUCUUGGUGCUAUUGAUAAUGCUUUCGAUCAAAAAAAUCCUUAUCGUGAAUUGAUUAAAGUAUUUAAUCAAUUCGGUCACUUUUUACCUAGAAAGAUUUUACUUGGUGAUAAAUUAUCUUUAAUUUCCAAAAUUCCUUCAACUUCUCAAAAAUCUACUGAAGUAAAAAUUAUUAAAGAAAUUAAGACAAUCGAUGAUUUUUCAAAAAAGACUGGUGAUUAUAAUGAAAUUAUUAAACAAUGGGCGAAACUUACAAAAUCUACAAACAUUGAUUCUUUAUCAUUAAAUACUAUUAAUGGUAAAUCCAUUAAAGGAAAUAAUAAUAUUAAAGAAUGGGCAAUCGCUUGUUUAAAAAAUGGUCCUGAAUCAUGGAAUAUUAUUGGUUGGGAAGGUUUAUAUCCAAUAUAUGAAAUAUUGGAUGAAGAUGUUUGUCAAGACGUUAAAGUUUUCCUUGGAAUUGAUGAACAAACUAUUAAUACUGGAAUUAAAGAAAAAGUUCUUAAAUCUGGUAUAAUAGUAAUUGAAGAUUCAAAUUAUAUUUACCCUGUAAAUUUCGAAUCACCUUUAGAAUCAAAUAAUUAUCAAAUUUUCGGUAGAAUCUUAUUACAAACUGGUGCUCCAUUUGAUAAUGCUAAUGUUAAAUUUAUAUCAAAAGAGACGACUGGAUUUUCAGCUAUAAUUGAUAUCUUUUCACCACCGUCUAAUGGUUUACAAAUAACUUGGGUAUUAAUUGGUAUACCAGCUGAAAUUGGUGUUUAUGAUUCGAAUACACGAAAUUUCUCCAUUUUAAGUGGUGGUAAAUGUCAAUUUACUCCAAAAACAAAAGAAACAGGAAUAGAAAGUUGCGAUGUUCAAUUAAAAACUCGUGAAGUUUUACAACCAAAUGCAGUUCUUAUUACAUCAUUCAAAUAUCCUAAAUCAAAUUACAAACAAUAUUUUAUGGCAAAAGUUAAAGGUUGUCAUGAAAAAACCAUUAAUGUUAAUAUUAGUGUAAAGAAAAACGAAAAUGAUUCUAUUAAUGAGGAUGAUAAUGAUGAAAAUUAUUCAGAAACUCCUGAACUUUGUUGGUACGUUGCAUUAAUAGAAGAUGAUGAAUUAGGUGAAAUAGGUCAAAGUGUUCAUACAAAUCAUUUAAGAUCAAGUACUGAGAAUAACGAUUUAGAUUUUAGUUACAAAAAACUUGAUACUGAAACAGGAAAACUUAUGUUAAAAGUUUUAAAAGAAAACAAAACUAUUAAUAGUUUAGAUAUAAGCGAAAAUAAUAUUAGUCCGGCAUUAGGAAAAGCUCUUAUGAAGGUUUUAGAAACAAAUAAUACCUUAACUUUCUUAAAUCUAAGUUCGACUAAUUUGGAACCUGAGAUAACGGUUUUCUUGAUGAAGAUUUUAAGAUCCAAUAAAACUCGUCUUACCGAUUUGAAUUUAAGUAAGAACGGUGAAAAACUUGGUAAAAAAGCAAGACUUAUAAUAGAAACUUUGGGAAAAAAUACAACUCUUAAAACCUUAAAUUUGAGCGAAAAUCCUAUUGAAUGGGCUGAUGUAAAAUUUGUUCAUUUAGAAGGCAACCGAACACUUGAAAAUUUAGAUUUAAGUAAUUCUAAUCUUAAUCAUGUUUAUUUAGAAAAAAUGAAAAGAUAUUUGUCAAGAUCAAAGAAACUUAAAGUAUUAAAUUUAAGUUCAAAUAAUCUUACAUAUCAAUCAGAACGUAUAAUAGCUGAAGUCUUGGCAACAAAUAAAACUCUAAAGUCUUUAAAUUUGAGUUGCAACAAGAUUAGUUCGACGUUAGAUUCAUUAGAGAGAGAAGGAAGAAUAAGUAUUACGGGUAGAUACUCUUACGACAGGAAUAGUGCUUUAAAAGUCAAUAAUUUGGCCAAGGCAUUAGAAAAGAAUAAAACUCUUAAAAAACUUGAUUUAGGCUCUAAUUACAUUCGUCUCGAGGCUGGAAAGAGUAUAGCAAAAGCUUUGACUAUGAACAAAUUCAUUAACGAAUUGAGUUUGAGUGAUAAUGGUAUCGUUUCUGAAUUAAAAGAUCUUUUAAUAAACAUUUUAACUAAUAGCAACAUUACAAGUAUUAAUUUAAAGUCGACAAAGAUUAGUUCUGAUAUGGUAAUAUCAUUAUCAGUAUUAUUAAGGUCGAAUAAAACCAAACUCCGGUGUUUAAAUUUGAGUCGUAAUGAAAUUAGUAGUGAAGCAAUAGGAAGUUUAAUAGAAGCUUUAGAAGAAAAUACGCAUCUUAGGAGUUUGGAUUUAAGCAAUAUUACUAGUGCUGGACAAAUUGGACGAGAACUUGCAAAAUCAUUGGAAACAAAUCGAACACUCAAAUGCUUAAAUUUAAGUAAUUGUAAUAUUCGUGCUGUUGCAGUAAGUGCUUUGGCAAAAGCUUUACAAACAAACUUCAUACUCUCAGAUCUAGAUCUAAGUAAUAAUGGCGCUUCAAUGUCUCCCUUGUUGAAAACGUUAGAAACAAACAAGGCACUCACUAGAUUGAACUUAAAUGAUAUAGAUUUCAAUUCAGAUGAGAUAGAAUCUUUGGCAAACGCUUUAAAAACAAAUAACGCACUUACUCAUCUAUAUCUAAGUAAAAUUAUUAUGUAUGAACCUGAAAAUGGAAAAGUUUUAUUUGAAGCUUUAGGAUUGAACAAAAAACUUACCGAUUUGGAUUUGAGUAGAAAUAACUUUGGUUCUGAAUUAUCAAGCGUUAUAUCUAGUGCUUUAUUCGAUAACAAAACUCUUCGAAGACUAGAUUUAACGUCUAAUCAAUUUGAUCAAGAUGCAAAAAACGAAAUUAAAAAGGCUCUUAAAAGCAAAACUUUACAUUUAAACAUCAGAUUUUAA